GGAAGUUAGUACUAUUCAAACCGUCGACGUGAUCAUUACAAAACAAGCUCUUCUCGGGAUUCAAACAUGGCAGUAUUUCAAGGAGUGUCAUACGAAGAGGAGUUGAAAAAGAAUCCAGAAAUGAAGGAGGAAGAUGUACAAAUGUUAAAAGAAUGGUACAAAAAGCAGCCUCAUCUACCACCAAUAACAGACUUCGAAUUGGUGCUAUUUUUACAUAGCAAUUACUAUAAAAUAGAAGCCACAAAGACGACUAUUGAUACAUAUUUUACUGUAAAGACCCACGUUCCUGAAUUUUUUGCUAAUAGAGAUCCUUUGGGCCAGAAGGAAUUAAGGAGAGCAUUUCAAACACUUGUCAUUAAAGUUUUGGAAAAGAAGACACCAGAAGGCUAUGCUAUUCUUUAUGGGAGACUAGUCGAUAUAGAACCUUCUAACUACGUCUAUAAUGAUGGAAUGAAAUAUCUGAGCAUGGUUCUUGAUUUGUGGCUUCAUAAAGAAGGCACGACGCAGGGACACAUAAUUUUAUUUGAUAUGAAAAAUGUCGUGUUUGGUCAUGCUGCUCGACUAAAUCCUAUGGGAUUGAAGAAAUAUCUUUACUUCUUGCAGGAAGCACUGCCAGUUCGUUUAAAAGGGUUUCAUUUCAUGAACAUUACAGCAGUGAUGGAUGUGAUACUGAAUAUGAUGAAACCAUUCAUGAAGAAAGAGCUGCUGGAUAUGCUUCAUACACAUACGAAUCUGGACACCUUGUCGAAAUUCAUACCCAUAGACUUACUGCCGAACGAAGCUGGUGGAAAGGGUGGUAAUAUAGCGCAACUUCACGAAAAAACAAUUAAACUACUUGAGGAAAAUCGUGAAUGGUUUUUGGAAGAAGAACGAACGAAACGUGUUAACGAAUCUCUGAGACCAGGUAAAGGGAAGACGGCGACCGAUCUAUUUGGUGUCGAAGGGACUUUCAAGAAGCUCGAAAUUGAUUAA